AUGAACAAUAUUCCAACGAUUGUACCAAAAACUAUAGCACCUACACCGGUUAAAAAAAGAAACACCAUGACUAGUCUUGGUUUAAAAAGAAAGCUACCUUCCCCUGAAAAACCUAAAGAUCCUGAGCUGACUGUAGAAGAGGCAUUACAGCAAGAGAUUCAAAAAUUGGAAGCCACCAUAGCUAAUAUGAAAGUUGAAAUAACAAAAAAGGAAAAAUCAUUAUUAGCAGAGAUAAAUUCUUUACAAACAGAAGUUGAUGAAAAUAAAUUUACAGUGGACAGAUUUAAACACACCACUGCACAUUUUAAAUUUUACACUGGUUUUGAAAGCUACCAAAUGUUUAAACUUGUACUUGAAUAUUUACAACCAGCUGCUGACUCUCAAAUAUACUGGGGAUCAAAUACUAACAUUGAAAACACAAAAACCUAUAAUGGUAAACGUGGGCGAUCCAGAGCUACAACAGCUGAAACAGAAUUUUUUAUGAUUCUUAUUAGACUUCGCUGUGGAUUUCCUAUUGAAGAUAUGGCAAUACGAUUUAACAUGUCGACUAGUAAUGUAAGUCGAAUAUUCAUUACUUGGAUAGACUUUUUGCACACUCAACUGGGAGUACUUCCUAUAUGGGCUUCAAAAAGAACAGUAGCAGAGACAAUGCCAAAAUGUUUUAAAGAUUUAUAUCCCACAACACGUGUUAUAAUAGACUGUACAGAAAUAUUUACAGAGAUGCCAUCUUCAUACCGCAGCGAAUCAGCUACUUUUUCCAGCUAUAAACAUCGUAACACAGCUAAAGGAUUGGUAGGGAUUGCACCAAGUGGAGCAGUUACAUUCGUAUCUGAUUUAUAUGCUGGAAGAAGUAGUGACAAAAAAUUACUCGACACUGUGGAAUUUUAA